UAAGAUUUGAACUCUUGAAGUACAAAAGAUAAAAAAAAAUUGUCAGCCUUCAAACGAGGGUAUCAUGUAAAAAAGACAUGAUCGUCAAGUUAUAUUAAAGCUGGCUUUUGGUCAACUAAAUAGGCUGUUAGUAACCAAAUACGAGUAAACAAGUUUCAUAUUUUUCAGAACAAGAUUAGGAGGGCCUACAAAGGGAUGACACAACAAGCAAGCCAAAAAAGAUACCCAGAAAAAGUUGAAUUGAUAACAUUCUCAAACUCAUCUAGAACUAAAAGACAAUAGUCACAAAACAAUCCUGGAAAGCUUCAAAUCCAAUACUUGUAUUCCGUACGAGUCGUAAAAGGAAGGAAGAAUUACUUAUCUUUCUGUCUUGAAUUGUAAAACAGCAAUCGUCAGGAAAGCGUGUAGUAGAUAGAUUAUAAAGAAGCCUUUAAAUGGAGCAACAGAAUAAAUGCAGUGAAUAGAAAAUUAGAGAUGAUUAGAGUAAUUUUCACCACAAUUCUGUAUUUACAGUGCUGGAUGUGCUGCUGCUUUGCGAAAUCCCAUCCUCAUUCACAUGUGGAAUCACUGAAUGUGUGGCCGAAGCCUGUCAAGUUAUGGUGGGCGCAUCCGAAAGCAACCAUUCUUUCCGCUGAUUUUACCAUCAAAUGUCCUCGAAACCACCCUCAUCUUGUAGCUGCCACAGACCGAUACCAAAUCCUGAUCAAAUCAGAACACCAUGUGCCACUGGUAAAUCCAGAAGUAGUGGUAUCAACAUCCUGCCAUUUGAAGGUGCUGCAGAUAAAAGUGGCUGAUCUUACAGCUAGCUUGCAGCAUGGGGUAGAUGAGUCCUACAAUCUCACCAUUCCUGCUUCUGGCGCGGGCACUGCUGUACUGGCUGCUAAAACGGUAUGGGGAGCCAUGAGGGGUCUCGAGACGUUCUCACAAUUAGUUUGGGUGGGAGGGACACAAUUUCAGAGACUGCUAAUACCUGUGGGUUUGGACAUUUGGGACUCCCCCAUUUUUGCGCACCGUGGGUUAUUGUUGGAUACGUCGCGAAAUUACUAUGGAGUAAAGGACAUUCUCAGAACUAUUUCAGCAAUGAGUUGGAAUAAGCUUAAUGUUUUUCAUUGGCAUAUCACUGACUCACAUUCCUUCCCUCUGCUUUUACCUUCUGACCCUGAUCUUGCCAUCAAAGGGUCUUAUGGUCCCUUUAUGCAGUAUACUCCGGCUGAUGUUGCUGAAAUCAUCCAGUUUGGCUUUGAUCAUGGCGUCCGGGUUAUUCCAGAGAUAGAUUCUCCAGCACAUACAGGGUCAUGGGCAGGAGCGCACCCUGAGAUAGUAACAUGUGCAGGGAUGUUCUGGUGGCCAGCAGAAUCAGAGUGGGCAGACAGGCUUGCUUCUGAACCCGGAAGUGGUCAACUCAACCCGCUCCACCCCAAGACGUACCAAGUCAUGAAAAAGGUGAUCAAGGACAUAGUCUCCCUUUUCCCUGACCCUUUCUACCACAGCGGCGGAGAUGAGGUCAUCCCCGGAUGUUGGACUACAGAUCCCAUCAUCCAAGCCUUCCUAUCCAACUACAGCAGCGCUCACAAUGGGCUAUCUCAUCUGCUUCAAAUAUUUAUCAACUCUACCCUCCCCUACGUCACCUCCCACAAUAAGACCUCUAUAUACUGGGAGGAUGUUCUCCUGGAUUCCACCAUCAAGGUGGAAGACUUGUCAACUCUACCCCCGGAGCACACCAUAUUACAAACCUGGAACGGUGGUUCACAAAACACAAAACGCAUCGUUUCCUCUGGAUACAGGACAAUCGUUUCCUCUGCUGAUUACUACUACCUGGAUUGCGGUCAUGGCAGCUUUGUGGGGAAUGACAGCCAGUACAAUCGGCCACCAGGUACUGACCAGGGGAAUGGCGGUUCGUGGUGUGGCCCUUUCAAGACAUGGCAACUAAUAUACAACUAUGACAUCACUUAUGGACUCACUCAAGAGGAGAAGAAAUUGGUUUUGGGAGGGGAGGUGGCACUUUGGUCUGAACAAGCUGACCCAACUGUCCUCGACUCCAGGUUGUGGCCUCGAGCUUCUGCAUUAGCUGAGGCUCUUUGGUCUGGGAAUCGAGAUGACACUGGUAAGAAGAGGUAUGCAGAAGCCACGGAUAGGUUGAAUGAGUGGAGGUAUAGGAUGGUGAGAAGAGGGGUCCGGGCUGAGCCCAUUCAACCCCUUUGGUGUGCAAGAAAUCCUGGCAUGUGCAACACUGUUCAUGCCAGUGGUUAACGUUACUGCUAAUUUUUAGAGAUCUCAGUUUGUACACCUUGACUGUGAUGAUUAUUUCAAUAAUAAGGUGUUCAUCAUCUUUUAUUAUUUUACAAA